CGGUCAUAAGUCGUGAUAAAUAUUUGUCGAAAUAAAGUAUAUACGGCUGGGCUGCGCGGGAAACCUCAUCAAGAUUUUGCAAAAAUAUAAAAUUAUCCCACCGUGAACCAAAAAAUCUGCAAAUCAGACCCGAACGUACUCACAACCCCACUACCUCAGGCAACGAAUCGAAUCAUCAUAUCCUAAAAAAUAAUCACGUCAAGAAACAGGAAAAAAUAAAAUAAAAAAAAGCAAUAUACACGACUCUAGACAGGAGAAAAAGAAAAAGCGACAGGACUUUUUUUUUCCAGGUUGGCGUCACCCUCCAGAAAUGGAAUAUCUUAUCCGCUUCGCGCAAGCGCACGAGACAUUCCGACGCCCGGAGAUACAGGCGCUGGCGACUCUUGCGGGGGUGGAUGUUGAGUUUCUUUCAUAUGAUCAGUUCUCACCAUACGCCGUCGUCAAGGUCCAAGAUGAGAGAGCGGCACGAGCCCUCAUUGAGAGAAGUGUCCUCGCGAAGGACAUCAUCGAAAUCUGGGGCCAGGGCACGACGUAUGACGAACUGCACGCCGAUGUCCGCAGGCGGACCUCGGACCGCUGGGCGGCGUUCAACGAUGUUUCGUUCCGCUUCACAGUCGACAGUUAUGCUCUCAAGCGCAGUCAGCGCGAGAAGCGGGAUAUCAUCCAAUCCUUUGCUUAUUUAGGCUUCGAUGGACCAAUCCGGAUGAAGGAUCCGGAUGAGGAUUUCUGGGUGCUUGAAGAGCAUACUUCUGAUUUGGAGAUUGCGCGAACUAACCCGGGAGCAGUCUCAUCAGAUCAAGAUCAGACGACGCAGUCUAUGCAAAUAGGACAGCUGGAAAAGAUCUAUUUCGGCAGAUGGAUCGCAUCUGGGAGUCGGGAUCUGGUGGCGAAGUAUGAUCUUAAGAAGAGACGCUAUAUCAGUACGACUUCCAUGGAUGCGGAGUUGAGUCUGGUUACUGCGAAUAUGGCUCUCGCGGCACCGGGGAAAGUAUUCUUUGACCCGUUCGUAGGGACGGGCAGUUUCUGCGUUGCGGCCGCUCAUUAUGGUGCUUUGACGCUGGGAUCGGAUAUCGAUCCACGGAGUUUCAGGGGGAAGGAGGAAAUGUCCAAGGGCAAACCGAUGGCCUUGAUGCUCAAUUUCCAGCAGUAUGGUCUGGAGAGUCGGUUUUUGGAUACUUUCACCUCUGACCUGACCAAUACCCCCCUCCGCGACGUGCCGCUCCUGGACGGGAUCGUGUGCGAUCCUCCGUACGGCGUCCGUGAAGGACUAAGAGUGUUGGGUCUUCGAGAUGGGAGGAAGGAUGAGAUUUUUGUAGACGGUGUUCCGGCUCAUCUAAAACCCGGUUACAUCGCUCCGAAAAGACCGUACGGCUUCGAAGCAAUGCUUAGGGACAUACUCAAUUUCGCAUCUCGAACUCUCGUUGUCGGGGGUCGACUCUCCAUGUGGAUGCCCACCGCCAGUGACGAAGAUAUCGAACUCGAAAUCCCAACACAUCCGAACCUAGAAGUCGUCAGUGUCUGCGUGCAGCCAUUCAAUAACUGGUCGAGGAGACUUAUCACAUACAGCAGACUACCGGAGGGGGUCGUCGCUGAGAAUAAAUUCAUACGCCAAAGACAGGAUAACCCGAAUGGAGUUAGUGCUGAUGAUCUUAACGCGUUCAGGAGAAAGUACUUUAUGAAAAAUUCCAAGAGGGACACUAAGACACCUGCUCAAACCCAGGACUAGAAGGCAUAUCAAUGGAUCACAUGGGAAUAGAAAAAAAAGGGCUUUCAGGGACGAUUGCAUCUCGAUAGAAUGUCCGAGUGAGUACAUACAUGAAGCGUUAUCAAUG